AUGUGGGUUGUUAAAAAGGUUGAUGAGAAAGUUGGCGAUAAAUCUGGUUCCACAAAGCCAGAAGAGCCACAGGUUGAGGUUGAAGGACUACGCCAGAGCUUCAAGGUUGAAAAAAUGGAUGAUAUAGAAAUCCCACACCACUUCAUCUGCCCAAUUUCUCUCCAAAUCAUGAAAGAUCCGGUGACCGUCGCCACCGGCAUCACCUACGAACGGGACAGCAUCCAACGGUGGCAGUCACAUGGCCAAAACAAGACAUGCCCGGUCACAAACCAACCGCUGCCCAUCGAUGACGACUUUACACCCAACCACAAUCUCCGCCGUCUCAUCCAAUCAUGGCGGGCCUCCGAUCAAGUUACACCCUCAAAACAAUCAUGUUUUCAAAUGAAGGUAAUCGCCAUAAACCUUAUAAAGAACCUUAAAGUGUUAGAUUUGAAAUUUGAGUCAUUAAAAAGUUUGGAAAGUCUUGCUUCCGAGAGUGAAAACAAUAGGGUUUGUUUGAAAGAAGUUGGUGUUGUUAGAGCCAUGUUUUCAAUAGUGGUUUCUUGUUAUCAGAAUUGUAUAAUUGUUGGUUUGAAAGAAGCCCUUAACGUUCUUUAUCUUGUUCGAUUAACACAAGAUGAAACACACUCGAUUGUUGCUAAAAAUGACCGGAUCAUAAGUUCUUUAACAUGGGUUUUGGAUCUUGAUGCUUGUGAUGAGAUAUACACCACUAUGAAGUUCCAUGCAAUGGUUUUACUAAAAGAUAUUAUGCAACAUGCCAAAUCACAUGUUCUUGAGAGAUUGAACCGGGAGUUCUUUAAGACAAUUGAGGUUUUGCAUGUCAUGCUUAGCACAUGUACAUGGCCAAGAAAUUGCGCGAUGAUGAUUGAUUCAGGAGCUGUGUUCGAGCUCGUGGAGCUCGAACUCAGAUCACCUGAAAAGGCAUUGACCGAGGUGAUUAUGGCAAUAUUGUUUCACUUGUGUUCUUCAGCCGACGGGAGGGCUCAACUUCUUGGUCACGCGGCUGGGAUAGCGAUGAUCACGAAGAGGAUAGGGACGGUUUCUCAAAAGGCCGGUGAGAGAGCGUUAAUGAUUAUUUCGUUGAUAUCAAAAUUUUCGGGGACGGAUGGGGUGCUUCAAGAGAUGGUGAGGGUUGGAACCGUUGAGAAACUAUGUACGGUGCUUCAAGUAUAUGACGGCAAUUCUUAUACAAGGGACACGGCCAAGGAUAUCCUUAAAAGACACUUAAAUGUGUGGAGUGGCUCUCCUUGUUUAGAUGCUACUAUUCUAACAGUGUGUCUCCGUUAA